AAGCAUCUUCUUGCAGGCUCUUACACACCAUCACAUUGUUCUUGCUUUCCCCUGUAAGCAUCAACCUUUCCUUCCCUUAGAAUUUAGCUGCUUCUUUCGUGUAUUCAUAUUUUUAAUACAAUAAGUAUGGAUUUUAUCUUUCUUUGGAAUUUCUGGUUUGUUUAAGGCUUUAGUGAGGUCAAAAUCAAAAUGGGAUUUAAUAUUUUCUUGAACUUCCCCAUUGGGCCAAAUCUUCUCUGGUUGUUGUGAUGUUGAUAUAUACAACCGACUAUAACAAAUAGGAACUUUCUCUCAUUCUUCUCUGAAGUGUAGUCUAUUUAUGGCAUGCACAAACUCUGCUUGGCUUUCAAGUUUUGAUGAGAACUCGAGAAUGUUUGCGUGUUUUGAAAGUGGAUUUGCGCGUUUCAGCUAGCUCUUCCACCGACUUACUCUUCUCGCUUUAUAUUCAUAGAAUUGUAGUUCCAAUUCGUGCGUUACCGACAAUAGCUCAAAGCUUUAAUUUCACAGAACUGCUCUGCUAUUCACAUUAAUUCAGUAAUUCUUUUCCUUUACCCUUUGAAUUGAUUCUCAUAACAAUUUUCUCUCCCCUUUUCCUCUCAGGAAUUCAUAUCAAUAAGCUUUCUUUUUAAUCAAAUUUCCAUUCCAAUCAUUCUUUGGUUGAUCACUUGAUUCUCUAUCUCGUUUCAUUCUACCUACAAGAGUCCAAAAUCAGCUUCAUUCCAUUCCAUAUACAGUUAUUGAACAUUCAGACAAGUACAAGUGACAGCAUGAGUUUUAUAACGGGAUCACCCAAGGAUACCUGGCAACCAGUCAUGACUGCCAAUACAACCAUUGCCAGUUAUUGGUUAAACUGGAGGUUUUUCCUCUGUGCUAUUUGGGUCUUAAUCUUGAUGACGAUAGCAUUAAUUCUUAUAUGGAAAAAUGAACAUCGGUGCGAAGUGGAACGUGAGAGUGGAGGGAACAGGCAACAAGCAGAAGCGCCUUUUUAUGAUGAUGAAACUUGGAGGCCAUGCCUGAAAGGAAUCCACCCUGCCUGGUUGCUAGUUUUCAGACUUUUUGCUUUCUUUGCUCUCUCAGUGCUGCUCAUCAUUUCUGUAUUUGUGGAUGGAGGCAGUAUAUUUUACUUCUAUACUCAGUGGACUUUUACUUCAGUCACAAUUUAUUUUGGGCUUGGUUCCCUACUCUCCAUACGAGGUUGCUAUCAAUAUCACAAAAGAGCUGGUGAUAAGAGGGUUGAUAAUGUAGAGGCAGAUCCAGAGCAAGGAACAUGUGUAUCUCCAUCAGUUGGACAGAGUUUUAACACUUCCAUGGCAAUGAAAAGCUCAAACUCCCACGAAAGACUUGAUGUUCGCCAACCUGCAGGGAAAUUGGCUUUCAUCUUUCAAAUCAUUUUUCAGAUGAAUGCUGGGGCUGUUAUGCUCACAGACAGUGUCUUUUGGUUCAUCCUUGUACCGUUUCUUGCAAUCAAAGAUUACCACCUAAGUGCUUUGAUUAUCGGCAUACACUCACUCAAUGCUGUUUUCCUACUUGGUGAUACUGCUUUAAAUUCCUUGAGGUUUCCUUGGUUCCGGAUCGCAUAUUUCUUUGCGUGGACAAUAGUAUAUGUCCUAUUCCAUUGGAUUGUCCAUGCCACUUUCAGACUUUGGUGGCCAUAUCCAUUCCUUGACUUGUCAUCUCCGUAUGCUCCUUUAUGGUACUUCUCGGUAGCAGUAAUGCACAUCCCCUGCUAUUGUGUUUUCGCUUUUAUUGUGAAGCUGAAACGCAUGGUGUUUUCAAGAUGGUUCCCAGACUCCUAUCAAAGUCUGAGGUAGCUGGACUUGGAAACUUGGAGAGGCAACACAGUUUCAAAGAAAAUGUGAAUUUCUGUGUAGAAAGUUGUGGUAGCAGAAUAGAAAUGAACAGAAGAACGCAGGUAGCAUAAGAGACUGUCGGCAUCCUUGCCUUGACUAACAAUUCAGUUAGUAAGUUUUGGAAGAUCAAAAAAUGGUCAACAAGAAAGCGAUAUUCUUAAUUUGUAUAGCCAUUGUUAGGGGAGUGGUAGUGGUAACUACGUAGUGAUACUAGAAGAAAUUAGAUGAGAAAUUCUUUUUCUCUCAUCUCUUCUUUCAAUUCUAUUAUUUUUUCAAUGAUUUCCUUAAUUUAAUUUAA